AUGGUCCACCCCACGCGCAGAAUCUGUUACGUGAACCUAGAUCUCCAAGAGAGCGACAGCUUUUAUCCAAACAGGGGUGAAAUGCUGAACCCUGCUUAUGUUGGAGAUCAAGGUUCUAAAACUGAAGGCUCAUCUUGGACAAUUAAGGUGCCGUCCUCAGUAAAAGGUCUCCCUGGAUCCUGUGUGGUGAUCCCCUGUUCGUUCAACUACCCAGAUCCAGGCAGGGUGGUCACUGAAUUCACUGGGAUGUGGGCCGAGGGGGAACAUGAGAUCAUCUAUCACCCAGACAAGUUAACAGUGAAGCAGCAGUAUCGGAGUCGGACAGAGCUGUUGGGAGACAUCAGUCAGAAGAACUGUUCAUUUAAGAUUGAUCCCCUUAAACAAAGUGACCAAGGGCCAUUUUAUUUCAGGAUUGAAAUGGCAGGCUAUGAAAAGUUUUCUUACAAAGAGAACACAGUCUCCAUUACAAUGAGUGUACCAAAUCCCAUCCUGUUCUCUGUGAAAGAGGAGGUAGUGGAAGGUGAUAAGGUGUCUGCAUCCUGCUCAGUGUCUCACUCCUGCCCCACCUCUCCUCCUGUCUUCACCUUGAGUCACACUGGACACACACAUGUCCAACCACACCAGCUUGACGAUGGCCAGUGGAGAACAACAUCUACCAUAAACUUUCAAGCUACCAGCGCUGAUCACAACAAGCCUUUACAGUGUACUGUAACAUACCAUGGAGGGCAGCACCAAACAACAUCCAGAGACCUCAAAGUAAAAUAUGCCCCAGUAAAUGUGACGGUUGAGCACAAGUCAGAUGUAAAGGAGGGAGAAGCUGUGCGGCUGAGAUGCUCCAGUGAUGCUCACCCCCCCACCAGCAGCUAUCAGUGGCAUAAUGAAACUGGUGCUCAGCUGCAUCAAGGAAACGUCUACAUGCUGCCAAAUGUCUCCAGACACACAGGAGCUCUGUACUGUACUGCCAUCAAUGCAGUAGGACAAGGCAAUUCAAGCCCUGUGCAGCUUAAUGUGUUAUAUGCCCCUGAGAUUAAGACGGCUUCUUCCUGCUCCUCAGAGGCAGAUAUGGUAAAGUGUGUGUGCAUUGUGGAGUCCAAGCUUCCCAGCAUUGUCUAUUUUGUGCUUUCUGACAGAGUCCUGCCAAGCACCGAGGUAGAGAAACACGGCUUUGUUACCAUUGGGACUCUGCGGGCAAAGUUUGGAUCUUCUGAGGCUGUCUACUGUCUGGCAAACAACACACAGUACAGAAAACUAUAACCACAUCAUCAUUCCCAUGGUGGCAGCAAUUGGUACAGCCGUGAUCUUUGCAGUCUUCUGCAUUUUCAUGGUGAAAAGA